GGAGAGUGUCUUAAAGUUGAGAAUAUAUACAAUGUGCCCGGUGCACCGUGCACCGAGCACAUCACAACCGUCCGUGUUGUACAUACACGGGCGUGUGUACAAAACGCAUGGCCACGUAUGACCACGAUGUGCCCGGUGCAUGGUGCACCGAGCGCAUUGUAUAUAUUCUCAACUUCAAGAUACUCUCCCAGGUUCAAAACCUCAACAAGCAAUACUCGAGUCCAAAACUUUGGGACAUUCCCCUUGCCCACAUCCAAAACAGCUAAUAAAAAUACAAUAUAUAUAUAUAUAAAUUAUUAUUUUUCAAUAGGUAGACUAUACACACACCCAUUCUUUGUCCCAUAAGGGUCAACCUUGGAAGAGAUUGCAAUUGGGCUAAGCCCAAUUGUUCGGAACUUUGUCCUAAAUUAGAUUUGAAGCUUCAACCUUCCCAAUGAGAGGAGGAGGAUGUGAUAUCUAUCCUUUGAGUUAAAGACUUGUAUAUUUUAGCGUCAUUUAUAUCCUCAAAUAUUUUGGACAAACAUUUGUUUCUUAAGGUAAAAUCUUUUGAAGUACUUUGUAUAUAGCGUGGUUUGGACGUAGUCCAGAUUUUUGGUUACAUGCAUGUGUUUCCUCCCGUUUCAGUUUCAGCAUGGACUUUGGUCAUUCACAGAAUUUAGUUGACUUUGCCUACUCUAAUACAUAUUAUUUAUUUAUUGACAUCAUAUAUAUACAAAUACUGAUUGUGCCAUACAGAUUGCAUAUUUUACUUCUUCAUCGAUCUCUUGGACUUUGUCAAAUGGCUGGUAUAGGAGCCCAAGAUAUCUCCUCAACCAGGUGUUCGUAUCACGUGUUUUUGAGUUUUAGAGGAAAGGACACCCGGAAUAGCUUCGCUGAUCACCUCUAUACAGCUUUGCUACAUGCUGGAAUACGAACAUUUAGAGACGAUGAACUUGAGAGAGGAGAGAAUAUUGUUUCAGAAAUUACAAAGGCAAUCCAAGAGUCAAAUAUUUCCGUAAUCAUCUUUUCAGCAGAUUAUGCGUCUUCAAGCUGGUGCCUUGAUGAACUUCUGAUCAUCCUUGACCGCAAAAGGACUGUUGGCCAUAUAAUUUUGCCCGUCUUCUACUAUGUGGAUCCAUCUGAAGUCAGAGAGCAGUCCGGCAGUUUUGCAAAAGCAUUUGCAAUACACCAAGAGCAAUUCAAUAUGGAGACAGAAGAAAGAAAAGUGCAAGGGAUGGACGAGAUAAAAAGAUGGAAGGAAGCUUUGAAGGAAGUUGCAUAUUUGGCGGGGUUGGUUUUAAAGGACGGGUCGGAGUCAAAUUUUAUCCAGAAAAUCAUUAAAGAGAUUCGUAACAAAUUGAAUCGAGCAGCCCUGAUAAUUGCUCCAUACCCAAUUGGACUAAGUUCUCCUAUAGAAGAUAUUAAUUUGUGGUUACGAGAUGGAUCGACUAAUGUUGGCAUAACGACAAUCUUCGGAAUGAGUGGAACAGGGAAAACAACCCUUGCCAAAACUGUGUAUAACCUAAACUUCGACAGAUUUGAACGUAGCAGCAUUCUUUUAAAUAUUAGAGAAACUGCAGCACAACCCAAUGGUAUGAUUGGUUUACAGGAGAGACUUCUUUCAGAUAUUUUAAAGAAGACAAAACAAAAAAUCCGCAGUUGUGAAGAAGGAAUCAUUAAGAUAAAAGAUGCUAUUAGGUUCAAAAGAGUUUUAAUUGUUUUUGACGAUGUUGACACAUUAGACCGAUAUAAUGCAAUACAGAAAGCGCGAGAUUGGUUUUACCCAGGGAGUAAAAUUAUUAUAACCACUAGAAACAGUCAGUUGUUAAAGACAGGUGAAUUGUAUAAUCAGCACAAGGUUGAGAAUUUAGCUCUUAAAGAUUUGGGGUAUUCUCUAUUUGGUGAAAGUCAAAAAGAUACCCAACUUGUUGCAGAAUCUGAGAACAUUGAAGCUCUUGCUAUCGAACCAGAUGAGUUUUCAGGUCAACAGGGUGAGGAGCGUGCUGUUAAGAACAUUGUUAUGGCUACAAAAUCAGGAAAGACUGGGAAUGCAUCUUUUCCUACCACGAAUGGAAGAGGUAGGGAGGGAGGUGUAUUUAAAAGAGGUUACACAAAAUCAUUGAGGGUUAAAUCUCGGCUGAGGUCUCAUUCUCGCAGCAAACCCUUUGCUGAUGUAAAUGAGCAUUCAGAUCGAAGUGGAGUGGCCGGUCGCCAUAGCAAGAGCUUCAAGGGUAAUAUUAUAUCUCAGUCAAAAUAUGAAGGGAUCACUGAGAAUCCAGUGGUGCAUAACAUGGUGAGGGAUCAAAGAUGCAAAGUAGUUGAAAACAACGGUUUUGGCGGGAAAUCAAAAAUGGUUCUGGAGUUUCUUGAACCAGAAAGAAGGGGAUUUAGGCCCCUUGUGGAUCCCGACGUUGCAGAGGAGGGUUCUGCAGAUUGGCGCAACUGUUUUGUGGGUUACUUCAUUGAUACUCCUAGAAGACUAUCAUACGAAGCUGUAAACACUAUUGCUCAUGGAUUGUGGAAUACAAAUGGUCUAAUUGAGGUAUUAGAUAACGAGAGGGGCUUCUUCUUUUUCCGUUUCAGCACAGAGCAAGAAAGUGAAGCUAUUCUAGAGCGUGGUCCAUGGCAUUUUGCUGACUGUCAUAUUGUUCUUGAGAAGUGGCGUAAGGGCAUGAAUUUUCUGAAUGAUAAAAUGGAGAAGAUACCUAUUUGGGUCAAGUUUCACAACGUACCCUUGGAAUUUUGGAAUGCAAAGGGGUUAAGUUACAUUGCUAGCGCGGUUGGAAAACCUCUUUAUGCAGGCGCUUUGACAGAGAGCAGAACUAGACUUGGUUUUGCUCAUAUUUGUGUUGAAAUUGAAGCAGGGAUUGAUUUGGUUGAAGAGUUUGAUAUUCGGAUUAAUGAUUCUGUUUUGAUUCCCAUAAAGGUUGAAUAUGAAUGGAAACCUCUCUCUUGUACCAAAUGCAAGGAGUUUGGUCACUCUACUCAUGCUUGCUCUAUUAAUUUCACCAUGGUCCAAAAUAAUGGCUUUAUUUUUCCUUUGUCUUUUUCACUUUCUUUGUUUUUGUUUUUUCUGUUUUUGUUUUUGUUUUUUGUAAUAAGGAAUGGGCAGUAUAAAUUGAUUAUAGAAAAAGGAUUUGGCUGAAAAAACAUUCGAAGCUUGAUGCAAUUCAAUAAAUGUAUAGAAAUAUUUCGAGUAAUAAAGAUUUCAUGAUAGACUUGCAAACGAGCCUUGAAACAAAUGUUCAAGCUGAAAAAAGUCUCUGAUGAAUCCUCUUAGUAAGCCUAAGCCUUGAGAUCGAGCUAAGAUAUCAAGUAUUAAAAUC